AUGGACGAUCUACUACUACAGUACCACAAUCUGGUGAAUGAUGGAGAAGAGACAGCAUUUCUUGACAAUGAAGAAGACUUAGUAGAACGACCCUGUGGUGGUCACAGGAAUACGUUAGACUUUACUUGGGGAACGAGUUGUUUUCGCAAGUCUAGACUUAUAGGGAGAGAAUGGUGUCGGCACUGCUCACCUCGUACCCUGGCCGGUCGCAGUGCUAAAAACUUCGCCAGGGAGCUCAGGGAUGGGACUGCAUAUAUUGGGAAAUGUUUGGACCAGGUGGCGACCAUCGCCAUGCUGAACAUGUGUCAGGCGGACCUCAAGUCAUGGAUUAGUCAGCAGAUAGCUUAG